AAAUAUCAAUUAAAAAGUUUUACUAAUGAGUUCAUUGUAUAUUGAGUUGUAGAGAAAUGUACAAUAUUCAUCUCUGAAUUCAUCCUCCAGAUGGCGCUGGUUAUUUUUAGGAUUUUUUAAGGUUGUGUAAAUGUAUUUUUCUAUAUGGGAAAUGAUUCUAUUGGACCAUGAAGAAUGCAUGUUUUCCAGGACACUGCUGGAAACCAGAUGUUUUGAUGGUAGUGUCUUAAUAAAUAUAUUUUUAUCCAUGUAAAAUAAGAAUAACGAUGAAUAUAAAAUAAAACACACCCUGAGGUGAAGAAUUCCCUUGCCUGUUUUACUUCUUAUUUCUCUGUUUCAUCACUACCUUGUACUUUCUUUAAGAUUUGGGACAAUUCAAAUAAUUUAGUUGCAGAGAGAAAGUGUUUUCUGUCCCUUUCUGAUUCUGGAACCUUCACCAGCACAACAGAAUUUUCAAAGGAAAACUCUUUUGAAGUCCUUUCUUUUUUUUUCUUUUGUCUCCCCCUCUCUUCAUCCUCCCUUCACCGUCUGUCAAGUUCAAGAGCAGCUCAGAUGUCAUGAAUUAAGUGAAGCACAAAAGGGGGAAAGGAGACCCUUUUGAAGAACAAAGGUCUCCCAUUAGGCUGCCGUGUUCUUUCUCUGACCAAAAUCGCUCCCUAUGUGGUUUCUGUUGCUGUCCACAUGCUCUGCACAUAAGACUCAAGAAUGAACAAUCCGUCAGAAACCAGUAAACCACCAAUGGAGAGUGGGGAUGGGAAUACAGGCACACAGACAAAUGGCCUGGACUUUCAGAAGCAGCCUGUGCCUGUUGGAGGGGCUAUCUCUACAGCCCAGGCUCAGGCCUUCCUUGGACACCUUCAUCAGGUCCAGCUCGCUGGAACAAGUUUACAGGCUGCUGCUCAGUCCUUAAAUGUACAGUCUAAAUCUAAUGAAGAAUCUGGGGACUCCCAGCAGCCAAGCCAGCCUUCCCAGCAGCCUUCAGUGCAGGCGGCCAUACCCCAGACCCAGCUCAUGCUGGCCGGAGGACAGAUCACCGGGCUCACGUUGACACCAGCCCAGCAGCAGUUGUUAUUACAACAAGCACAGGCACAGUUGCUGGCAGCUGCAGUGCAGCAUUCAGCCAAUCAGCAGCACAAUGCUGCAGGCGCUACCAUCUCGGCCUCCGCUGCGACACCGAUGACGCAGAUUCCUCUUUCUCAGCCAAUACAGAUUGCACAGGAUUUGCAGCACCUGCAGCAGCUCCAACAGCAGAAUCUCAACUUGCAACAGUUUGUGUUGGUGCAUCCAACAACCAACUUGCAGCCAGCACAGUUUAUCAUCUCACAAACGCCACAAGGGCAGCAGGGUCUCCUGCAAGCGCAGAAUCUCUUAACGCAACUACCUCAGCAAAGCCAAGCCAACCUCCUGCAGUCUCAGCCAAGCAUCACCCUCACCUCACAGCCAGCAACCCCAACACGCACAAUAGCAGCGACCCCCAUUCAGCCACUUCCACAGAGCCAAUCAACACCAAAGCGAAUUGACACUCCCAGCUUGGAGGAACCCAGUGACCUUGAGGAGCUUGAGCAGUUUGCCAAGACUUUCAAACAAAGACGGAUAAAACUUGGAUUCACUCAGGGUGAUGUUGGGCUCGCAAUGGGCAAACUCUAUGGAAAUGACUUCAGCCAAACUACCAUCUCUCGCUUUGAAGCCUUGAACCUCAGCUUUAAGAACAUGUGCAAGUUAAAGCCACUUCUGGAAAAGUGGCUCAAUGAUGCAGAAAAUCUCUCAUCUGAUUCAGCUCUCUCCAGCCCAAGUGCCCUGAAUUCCCCAGGGCUGGGUAUUGAGGGCUUGAACCGUAGGAGGAAGAAACGCACCAGCAUAGAGACCAACAUACGUGUGGCCUUAGAGAAGAGUUUUCUGGAGAACCAAAAGCCUACCUCGGAGGAGAUCACCAUGAUAGCUGACCAGCUGAAUAUGGAGAAGGAGGUGAUCCGUGUUUGGUUCUGUAACCGACGCCAGAAGGAGAAAAGGAUCAACCCACCCAGUAGUGGAACCAGCAGCUCUCCUAUCAAAGCAAUUUUCCCUUGCCCAACCUCACUGGUGGCAACCACGCCAAGCCUGGUGACAAGCAGUGCAGCUACUACCUUGACUGUCAACCCUGUGCUCCCUCUAACUAGUGCGGCUGUAACUAAUCUGUCAGUCACAGGCACAACAGAAACCACCACCAACAAUACAGCAACCGUGAUCUCUACAGCUCCUCCAGCUUCCUCAGCAGUGACUUCACCCUCUCUGAGUCCUUCCCCUUCUGCCUCAGCCUCCACUUCCGAGGCAUCCAGUGCCAGUGAGACCAGCACAACACAGACAACCUCUACUCCUUUGUCCUCCCCUCUUGGGACCAGCCAAGUGAUGGUGACAGCAUCAGGGUUGCAAACAGCGGCAGCAGCCGCACUACAAGGAGCUGCGCAGCUGCCUGCAAAUGCAAGUCUUGCUGCCAUGGCUGCUGCAGCAGGACUAAAUCCAGGCUUGAUGGCACCCUCACAGUUUGCAGCUGGAGGUGCCUUACUCAGUCUCAAUCCAGGGACACUAGGCGGUGCUCUCAGCCCAGCUCUCAUGAGCAACAGUACACUGGCAACUAUUCAAGCUCUUGCAUCUGGUGGCUCUCUUCCAAUAACAUCACUGGAUGCAACUGGGAACUUGGUAUUUGCCAAUGCUGGAGGUACUCCCAACAUCGUUACUGCCCCGUUGUUUCUGAACCCUCAGAACCUUUCUCUGCUCACCAGCAACCCGGUUAGCUUGGUCUCUGCAGCUGCAGCCUCCGCAGGGGCCUCUGGACCAGUCGCCAGCCUUCAUGCCACCUCCACCUCAGCUGAGUCGAUCCAGAACUCUCUCUUCACAGUGGCCUCUGCCAGUGGGGCCACAUCCACCACCACUACUGCCUCCAAGGCACAGUGAGCCGGGCUGAGCUGUGCUACCACCAGCCUGUUUCACUCUGCAGUGGGAUUGGCUGCCAGCUGGGUUUAUAAACUGAAAAAUGUGAUCGGCUUCCUCUCGCCAUGUUGCUGGGGACAAGGGAGAGAAGGAAAAAUGUAGAAAACAAAACAGGAAGGAUUUAAAGCUGGGACAGACAUUUGCCUAAUUUUAUAAUAAACACUGUCUUUUCAGGAUCGCUUCAUGGAUCGGAGAGCUUUCUAACCAAAAAUGUAAAAAAACAAAAAAACAAAAAAAAAAGUGAAAGGACUACUUAUCAUUUCCAGCAGUCACAAUGACAAGUUAAGGUGGGUUAUCAACUCAAACAUAGGAGGGGGUUUCUUAGUUCUUUUGGUCUAAAUAUCUUUUUUUUUAAUUAUCAUUUUAUAGGUCUGUUGUACAGGCCAUUAUGUCAUACAAGGUGUUUAUAAUCGUAUCAAUCGUGUUGGGGGUUCCUUUCUUAACUGGUACAAUUUAGGCAGGCCUGUAUUACUGGUGUAUCUCUAUUAUUAUUAUGGUUAUUGUUGUUGUUGUUAUUAUUAUUAUUUUUAUAUGUAUGGUUUGGACGCAUUUGUCUUUACUCCUGGAUUGUUUUCGGUGAGCUCCCAUGCCACAAGGAAGGGGGAGAGAAAGAGUGGACUACAAGGAGGCUUUCUGUCCUAAUAUCCUUGGAGUAUUCCUCAGUUUCCCCAUCCUUGAACUUGUUUCCCAGUGACUUUAUACCCAGAUAUCAAGAGAGAUUAUUUUCACCAUUUUGUAGGACACACCGUGUAGAGGUAGCAAGCUAUGUGUGCAAACUUCCAGGAUAGUCUGUGCUUUUAUGAUGAGGGAGGUGGAAAACACUUCUAUACUGCAGCUCUCCUUCAUUCAAUUACUUCAGCUAAUGCGCCAAAUUUUGCUCAGAAUUGCAUGUGUAUUGCUCGAUUUGACUUCAGAGAGCAGGAUUUCGCCCUUGGAGCCCAGACUAUUUCAGUCACUUGUUCUGAUGAUUCUACUGUAUUGUUAACAUUUUGUCCCUUUUAAAAAUAUAUCCUAGAAAUGCAAAGUUACCUGAGAGUGCCAGUAUCAAUAAUAUUUAAAGGCAUCCCCCGUCCAAGCUUUCUACCAGCUUAUUUGGCACAGGAUUUUGAAAGAUAAAACUGGCUUCUCUAUUCAGAGGAAUAGUCCUUGUGUACAGUGGUCUGUAUUGAAACAAUUUUCCACUGGCACUUCUGUCUACAGGAAUAGAUGGCAGGUCUAUUGAAACAGAAGUUGCUGUCUUCUUUCCUAUAUCACAACUGCAAGAAAGCGCUUGGCUUCCUUGCGUCCUUGUUCUGUUUUAAAUAGCUCGUAGGUUUUUUUAUCCACUACAGUGCUAGGUGCUUUGGAAAUAGGAGACAGUGACCAAUCAGCUGGAAUGGUCCAACCUGAUGUGGGAAAUAGCACCAGUCUAUCUAGUCAACACUGGGACUUUGCACACAUCUUGGUAUUCUCAUGUGGUCUCUGAGGAGUGAUGUUGCUCCCUUGAUCAGCAUGGCAAUAGCAUCUCUGACUAGAGACUCAGAGUUGUCUUGCUGCUGUAGCUGUGUUUCCAAUCCAUAUAGCAAGGGGCAUUUGAGAACAGAGAGUUUAUGAGAAUAGUUGGGGAAGAAUAGUAGGUUAUCCAGAGAGUAGUGGCAUAUUCUUUAAUAUGCCAAUCAAUUAUCUGAACCAAAAAGAUUUCUAAAAAGAGAAGACUGGAUCUCUGCAGUGCAGUUCACUUUGAACUUUCCAUUCCUGUUGGAUUUAAAAGUUUCUGCCAUGGGUUUAAAACAUCUACACAUUCAGCUAGGGAGGGUGUUGCGAGCACCUUCUGUAGGUUUUGCGGGUUUGUUCUUUGUUGCAGUGUGCGGGUGGGGGUGUCAGCAAAGAGUUGCAAAAUAUCAAGUUUAUGUAGUUAUGUUCACAUUUGCUGAUAAUUGGUGGGGAUAGAAUCUCUCACCACCUGAGAUCAAAGACAGCAACUUAAAUCCAACAUACGCUUUGGUCUGUGACCCAAAUGUGUGAGAUUUACAUUUAUAUUUAAAUGGCAGAAACUCUGAUCUCUUCUUUCCCUCACUUACGUUUUUCUCUGUUCAUCUCUCUCUCUCUCUCUUCACCUUCCUGUUAGUUACAUAGAUUAUUUAAACCAAUUAUCCAUAAAAUUUCAAAACUAGUGAACUGCAAGCAGGGAGACUAACAAAUGUCCGUCCACUGUUUUAAUGUGUUUUUUAUUUUUUGUUUU